GAGGUCGUACGUAUUGUUUAAAUUGCAAGUGUUGGCUUCUGUUCAAGUCAAUGCCUACAAAGUCCAAAGCUGGAAAAGUCUAUAUAUUAAAGAUUUAAGAUCUCUGCAAAUCGCUCCGGGUUGUUCUACUCACGAGUUAUCGUCAGAUCAUCUUCAUGAUGGCCAAGAUGAGAAAUUUGGGCUUCGUCUCGUUGCUUAUUCUUGUCACAACCCAUCUGGCUUACAGCCGUUUGAUCAUGGAGGAUUCGGGUCUGCCACGUCCUGAUCAGAGCAGCCCAUCUUUUCUUGAAUGGAAUUUGUCAGCGACGACAGAGACUUGUCAGCCGACGUACGGAUUCUUGCCAUGCUCUUCCAAUGUCUGGGGCCUGCUGUUCCUUAUCGUGGUGUAUGAGCUGCUGCUGUCCAUCGGCGAACAGUAUGUCUCAACCGGGUCGGAGCUCUUCUUCCAGAUAAUCGGGCCGGGUGUAGUCGGCGCCAGCCUGUUCCAGCUCCUCGGCACGAUCCCGCAGAUAGUCCUGAUUCUUUUUUCUUCGCUGUCAGGAUCCGAUGAAGCUGCGCAGCAACGGGCUAAUUUGGGUAUAGGAUUGAUAGCAGGGACAGCAGCUAUGCUUCUGACAUUGGUAUGGGGCAUUGUUGUUGUUCUUGGAAGCUAUGAUCUCUCCGAAGCUUCGACAGCUGAUGAUCAGACGACAAAUUCAUCGAGAGGUUAUGGCGUCGUCACGGAUGUGGAGACAAGCUACACGGCGCGGCUGAUUUCGAUAACCUUGCUUCCUUUUCUUAUCAUUUUGUUGACGAAAGCUUUCCAUUCGGAAGCAGCGAAACGAGUGGUCAUCCUUAUAGCUCUCAUCAUUACCGUUAUUUUGCUGCUCGCCUACGCCUCUUAUCAGAUAUUCCAGCCGUGGAUUCAGGACCGUCGAUUCGAGUACUUGAUGAACAAAUACGCGAAAGACAAGCUGUUGCGGCUCCUGUCGAGAAAUGGCAAACCUGAUGUUCAAAAAAUACAAUCGCUGUUUAGUAAAAUCGAUCACAACAAAAAUGCAUCUGUAUCGGCCACAGAGUUAAGGGUGUUGCUGCUGGGAGUGAACAUAGCCGAUGAGAAUGAUUUGGACACGAACAGAGACAUCGAGAACAUCUUGAAAUCUUUCGAUACCUCCGGAGACGAUCUCAUCAGUCAAGAUGAAUUUAUCCAAGGCAUGACAAAAUUAGUGUCUGACCUAUCAGACCAAACUUCAGAUUCCAUCAAACUCUUCAGAGGUGGCAAUAAUUCACAGGAUAAGGACAGUCAGUCGCAGGAGGGACUACUGACGAACAGCUCCGGCACAGGCAUAAGCCGAAGGCCUAUAGAUAAUUCUUGGUUGAACUAUGCCAGGGCCUUAUUCUUUGUAAUACUCGGGACUGUCAUGUUGUGUGCGCUGUCAGAGCCGUUGAUCACCAGCGUGGUGAACUUCUCCCAGGUUGCGAAUUUCUCCCCAUUCAGUAUCUCCUACUUGGUCAUACCCUUCGCCAUGAACUAUGGAGUUGCGGUGAAUUCAAUCGCUUCGGCCAGACAGAAGUCAAAGAAAUCUAUUUCUUUGACACUCUCCGCGAUAUAUGGAGGAGUGUACAUGAACAACAUUAUCGGGCUGAUAGUUUUCCUGGCGCCGGUUUAUGCAAGAAACUUGUCGGCCAAUGCAUUCCCGGAAGUCCUGAUAGUUCUGAUAAUCUGUGCUGUGAUGACACUGAUUGCGAGCAUUCGGACAACAUUCCCUCGCUGGCUAGGCUACCUUGUCGUGCUGCUUUAUCCGAUUUCGCUAGCAUUGAUCUAUCUAUCCACCUCUGCUUUUGGAUAGCCUCGAAAAUCGGUUAAGACCAUGAAGAUGAUGCUCAUGAUAGGAGAUCCAGCAACAUAUCUGUCUGAUCAUCAAUUUCAUGUGGCCGUUGUUGUAUUAUAGCUAGAACAUAAGUUGGACAUUUUAGAUUCAGUUAUAUAUUUUGCAGUGAAAUAUUUGUCUGAUGAGGUUGGAUUAGAGCUAGAAUUUGGUCUUCAAACCUGUUGUUGGUCUUUUAAAUCAGGCGGUGGACUAAAGCCAUGGCUCACAAGUCAAAUAGUAAAAUCUUGUAAAAUCCAAAGUUAUUAUUGUCUUAUUUAUAAUUUUGUAAGUUAGAUC